AUGCUCGGACUCCCCCACAUGCGGACAGAUGCCGCGAAGGCGGACUCCUCCCCUGUGGUUGCCGAACCACCCAGCACUUCCAACUUCGCCAUGGACACAAGAGAAGGAAGAGUGGGCAAUGCAUUCGCUUGCGAAAGGUGUCGGAAGCAUAAAGUAAGAUGCGUACCGUCAGACACUGCCAGCUUAUGUCAGAGAUGUCAAAAAGCUCGGGUGGAGUGUAUCGAGCAUGUGGCACGUAGACGACCUGCAAAGUCUCGGGGUGAUGGGCACAGGAGCGAUAGCCAUACGCCCAAUAGGACCCGCGAAUUCGACAAGAAACUGGACAAGCUUUCGGCCAUAGUUGCCUCGAUGGAACCAUCAGGAUCACCUUCGAGUUUACCCUUGAUAGCUACGCUUCCAUCGCAACGUUCCGAUGGCUCUCAACACACGCCGACGCCUGCGCCUGCGCCUGCGCCUGCUGCCACUCAGUUGGCGCCUGCACCGACAGUCUUGAAGACCCCAAUUCUCCCAGCACCAGAUCUGAGUUCAGCCGAUUGCUUGUCAUUCUGGGACUCGAUCAACGACACUAUGGCCUGUGUUGGCCGGCUCGAUCCCCUGAUACGGUCCAUUGGUUUGGGUCAUAUGCAGAUGCUGCUAGAGAUCUAUAGAGUCAUGGUAGAUUCCUUCCCCUUUGUACCUCUGCCAAAAGAUUUUUCUUGCCAAGACCUUAUUCGUCAGCGACCGAUGCUGAUGUUUGCGGUCUUAACGGUGUCGUCUUAUGAUUCGGUUCGUCUCCAGAUGACGCUGAGUCGGGAGUUGCGUAAGGUCUUCAUGGUCAAAGUCAUGAGCGGAAGUAAAAGCCUGGACCUAUUACAGGGCUUACUGGUAUUCAUCGCCUGGCAUCACCACUAUAUGGAAGUGCAAUCUAUUUCGAUCCCGAUGCUACUUCAAAUCUGCCUAGGCAUGACACAUGAUCUCGGCCUGGAAAAGGAAGCAAACGCCAUACGAAGCCCGUUGCAUAAGAAUAACUCCAGAGAUCGGGAGAUGAAAAGAACAUAUUUGGGCUGCUACUUCUUGGUGUCAAAUAUUGGAACGAUGAACUCUGCGAAUCCUCGACCUUCAUCCUUCCCGAGCACAUUACGAGCUUACGCAUCCGAAAUAGCAUCUGCUUGGGAAUACAAGUCAGAUGUGGUGCUACCUAUAUUGAUUGAUAUUUGCCAGUAUAUGGAAGAUGUGGAGGAAACUUUGCGCGACCAACCUGAGCAGGCACUAAUCGCACGCUCACAGGUUAAGCGUUUGCGUGACAAAUGGGAAAGUAUACAGGCUGCGUCGAAGCUGCAGGCAAAAGACUUCAAAUCACUACAAUGGCUACUUCAUGCAGCGCAGAUGCGCCUAUAUCGCAGGGCGAGUUCAUUAGAGCUUGCAGAUCGUGAGACCCCAUGGGUCAAUGGCUUUAGACUCUCUUCACAAGUAAACUGCCUCCGAUCAAUCGAAACGUUCCUUGACAACAGCACACGAUUGUCAACAAGCCAAUAUGAGUCGGUCUCCAUCGUGGAUUGGCUCAACCUGGCAUCUGCCAUGACCAAUCUGAGCCAGUUAGCACUUCAAACGCCACCUUUACCUGGAUGGGACCCAGCUGAACUACAGAUCGCAAACACAUUCGAGUACUUUCGCGAUCAACUAUGUUCGCGGAUACCGCAUCCACGGGACGCUUCGGAUACCAAUCACGACAUUUUCGAGCGCUUCCGCCGCACUACUGCGUUGAUGAAAACAGUUUUAAGAGAUCCUUCGGGUAGAGCAAGUCCAAAUAGCAGUACCUUCGAGCUUGCGACUGGGUCUGGUCGAACAGUCUCACUUUUGCAGGAUCUACCCUCAUUGAAGCCUGAUGGUGUGGCGAAUGGGACGGAAAGACUGCCGAGUCUAAGACACAUCAACUCCUCGUUUGACAUCAGCAAGAGCGACUUUCACUGGAGGUUCCUGAUGGAUGCAAACUAA